AUGCCUGAACAGACAAACGAGUCGGAAACCUACUGCAGCCAGCAUAAGUUCUGCGACCACACUGGACGCCUUUCCCUUCUCGCUGCAACAGAUGGGGGUGGGGGUUUUACAAACACCACUGCCGGAGGGGCAGCAUUGCGGCCCCCAGCUGUACGUACUCCAACUGCCCCCCUCCCCGCGCCGCCGGCUGGCCGGGAGGACGUCGCUGCAGAGCGCAGCCGGCUGCGCAUUCCUGGCGGCCCCCUGGGAGGCAGCAGGGGCAGGACAGGAGCCGUCAAAGGCUCAUUCAUCCACGCGGCAGACACUGCCCCAUUCAUCCAGGCUUCUUCGCCUGCGCCGGAGCCAGCCAUGAAGCGCCUCUCGCCAAGCGCGCAGCCCCCUCGGCCGCCUCCGCUCGGCGUGGCCCUCCUCUGGCUGCUCCUGCUGCCGGGGACCUCGUCGUCGUUGGAGAGCCCCAAAGGCAAGGCGAAGGCGCUUCGCCAGAGGGAGGUGGUGGAGCUGUUUCACAACAUAAAUGUGAAUUGUUUUGUUUUUCAGUAUAAUGGGAAUGGGAUGUGUUUGCAAGGACCAAGUGGUGUUCCUGGAAGAGAUGGAAAUCCUGGAGUCAAUGGUAUCCCUGGGACUCCUGGUAUUCCUGGUCGAGAUGGGCUUAAAGGAGAAAAAGGAGAAUGUAUACGAGAGAGCUUUGAAGAAUCAUGGACUCCCAACUAUAAACAAUGUUCCUGGAGUGCUCUGAACUAUGGCAUAGACCUCGGAAAAAUUGCAGAAUGCACGUUCACAAAGAUGCGCACCAAUAGUGCUUUAAGAGUUCUCUUCAGUGGAUCGCUUCGCCUCAAAUGCAGAAAUGCCUGUUGUCAACGCUGGUAUUUUACAUUUAAUGGAGCUGAGUGUUCCGGGCCACUUCCUAUUGAGGCUAUAAUUUAUUUAGAUCAAGGAAGUCCAGAAUUAAAUUCCACUAUUAAUAUACACCGCACUUCUUCAGUGGAAGGAUUAUGUGAAGGAAUCAGUGCUGGCUUGGUGGAUGUUGCCAUUUGGGUUGGUACUUGCUCAGAUUACCCAAGAGGAGAUGCUUCAACUGGAUGGAACUCAGUUUCCCGCAUCAUUAUAGAAGAGUUACCAAAAUAGAAUGCUCUUUCCCUGAUUCAACCCCACAUCAACAGUAUGUUAUAUACAAUGUAUAACUCUCCCCUCCCUUGCUAGUUUUCCUAUAUAUGGAAAGAAGCACUUGGCUAUGACGCACAAAUUUGUUUAUAGACAUACCAGUAAGCAGUUGAUUUUUCUAUUAAAACAAGUAUCCUAGCAUGUUUUUCAUAAUGUUUUGGAAUAUAGAUUUUGAGACUGAAAUCUGUAUUUAUGUACUACUUUUAUAUUGUCUAGACAGUUUUUUACAUUUCUUAAUAAAGAUGAUCUUUUAUAAAUA